AGGAAGGAUGAGGCAGCCAGGGGUCUGUGGCAGAGCUGCGGUUGCCGGGUGACAAGUUUAAGAGCUGGAAUUAGCAUAAUGGCAGAAUCGGCUUCUCCACUGAAGCACUUUGUGCUGGCUAAGAAGGCAAUUACUGCAAUAUUUGCCCAGUUACUGGAGUUUGUUACUGAAGGAUCACAUUUUGUUGAAGCAACAUACAGGAAUCCAGAACUUGAUCGAAUAGCCACUGAAGAUGAUUUGGUGGAAAUACAGGGGUGUAAAAAUAAGCUUUCUGUCAUUGGUGAGGUGCUGUCUCGGAGACACAUGAAAGUGGCAUUUUUUGGCAGAACAAGCAGUGGGAAGAGCUCUGUUAUCAAUGCAAUGUUAUGGGACAAAGUUCUCCCUAGUGGGAUUGGCCAUACAACCAAUUGCUUCCUAAGUGUUGAAGGAACUGAUGGAGAUAAAGCUUAUCUUAUGACAGAAGGAUCAGAUGAAAAAAAGAGUGUGAAGACAGUUAAUCAGCUGGCCCAUGCCCUCCAUAUGGACAAAGACUUGAAAGCUGGCUGUCUUGUGCAUGUGUUUUGGCCAAAGGCAAAAUGUGCCCUAUUGAGAGAUGACUUGGUUUUAGUAGACAGUCCAGGCACAGAUGUUACAACAGAACUGGAUAGCUGGAUUGAUAAGUUUUGCCUAGAUGCUGAUGUCUUUGUUUUGGUUGCAAACUCGGAAUCAACACUAAUGAACACGGAGAAACAUUUUUUUCACAAAGUGAAUGAACGACUUUCCAAGCCUAAUAUUUUCAUACUGAAUAAUCGUUGGGAUGCUUCUGCAUCAGAGCCAGAAUAUAUGGAAGAUGUACGCAGACAACACAUGGAAAGAUGCCUGCAUUUCUUGGUAGAGGAGCUCAAAGUAGUGGAUCGUUUAGAAGCACAAAAUCGUAUCUUCUUUGUUUCAGCAAAGGAAGUUCUUAGUGCUAGAAAGCACAAAAUACAGGGGAUGCCAGAAGGUGGUGGGGCACUUGCUGAAGGAUUUCAGGCAAGAUUACAGGAAUUUCAGAAUUUUGAACAAAUUUUUGAGGAGUGUAUCUCGAAGUCAGCAGUGAAAACAAAGUUUGAACAGCACACUAUCAGAGCUAAACAGAUACUAGAUACUGUGAAAAACAUAAUGGAUUCAGUAAACGUGGCAGCAGCAGAGAAAAGGGUUUAUUCAAUGGAAGAGAGGGAAGACCAAAUUGACAGACUGGACUUUAUUCGAAACCAGAUGAACCUUUUAACUUUGGAUGUUAAGAAAAAAAUCAAGGAGGUCACUGAGGAGGUAGCGAACAAGGUUUCGUGUGCAAUGACAGAUGAAAUUUGUCGACUGUCUGUUUUGGUUGAUGAGUUUUGUUCUGAGUUUCAUCCAACUCCAAGUGUAUUGAAAGUAUAUAAAAAUGAGUUAAAUAAGCACAUAGAAGAUGGUAUGGGAAGAAAUUUGGCAGAUCGGUGCACCAGUGAAGUCAAUGCCUCAAUGCUUCAAUCCCAGCAAGAAAUUAUUGAAAAUUUGAAGCCAUUACUUCCAGCUGGUAUACAGAAUAAACUUCAUACAUUGAUCCCUUGCAAGAAAUUUGACCUCAGUUAUGACCUAAAUUGCCACAAGUUAUGUUCAGAUUUUCAAGAGGAUAUUGUAUUUCGUUUUUCCUUGGGCUGGUCUUCCCUUGUUCAUCGAUUCUUGGGCCCCACAAAUGCUCAGAGGGUAUUGCUUGGAUUAUCAGAGCCUAUCUUUCAGCUUCCUAGAUCAUUAGCUUCAACUCCCACUGCUCCCACCAAUCCAGCAACACCAGAUAAUGCAUCACAGGAAGAACUCAUGGUUACCUUAAUAACAGGAUUAGCUUCUCUUACAUCUAGAACUUCUAUGGGCAUCAUAGUUGUUGGAGGAGUGAUAUGGAAAACUGUAGGCUGGAAACUCAUAUCUGUUUCAUUGAGUAUGUAUGGAGCUUUGUAUCUUUAUGAAAGGCUAACCUGGACUACACAUGCCAAGGAGAGAGCCUUUAAACAGCAGUUUGUGAACUAUGCAACUGAAAAACUGCAGAUGAUUGUUAGUUUCACAAGUGCAAACUGUAGCCACCAAGUACAACAAGAAAUGGCUACGACUUUUGCUCGCCUGUGCCAACAAGUUGAUAUUACACAAAGACAUCUGGAAGAAGAAAUUGCUAGAUUAACCAAAGAAAUAGAUCAGUUGGAGAAAAUACAAAACAAUUCGAAGUUCUUAAGAAAUAAAGCUGUUCAGCUUGAAAAUGAGUUGGAGAAUUUUACUAAGCAAUUUCUACAUUCAAGCAAUGAGGAAUCUUAAACAAUAGAGGUUGCUUUGGUGAACGUCAUGGGAGGAAAUGGAACCUGGAAGAUUGGGAGAGUUGUUAUUUUUAUGAAAUGACUUCAAUAUGAAUUAUACUAUAACUAAGUGGCAAAUCCCUGUGUAGAUUCUGGUAAUGAUCUAUCCCAGGGUGUUUGCAUUUCAGAAAAGUGUUAGGAUAUGUUCUUUGUUUUAAUUUGGGAUAAAGACUAAGUUUUUUGUGUUAAAUAAUGAAUUAGUUAAAAACAACAGAAUCAACUUUGUGACCCCUGAGGGGUGGGUCCUUGAGCUCUUUAAUUGGGGCUUUCUUUGUUUUUGAUUCUGAAAAACUCUGCUUCCUGGUAUCCAGGAGUUAGAGAGUGAUCCUUUCAUCUUCUUUCUCAAAACUAAUUUUUUGAUGCCUUCUUUAAUGGGAAUAGUCAACUUUUUGUUUUGUUUUGUUUUAUAAGCUCCAUUGCUCUAACCUCCAAGGAGUGUGGAAUGUUCUUGAGUGUCCUAUUUAUGCAGGUUACAAUCAUUCUUGCCAUCAUGGCAAGUAUGUAAACCACUAAUAAAUAUGCUGUUUUUACCCCUUCUUUUAUUCCCAUUAAAACUGAUGUUAUAAAUUUGUUAUUAUAGUCACUUAUAAAAGUAUCUGAGUCUAAAUAGUUUCUUUAUGUUUUCUAAGAAAUAUUUUCAACUUUGCUCCAGUUAGGAGUCCAGUAAGGAAAGCUUUUCUAUCUUAGUUGGAGGAAUAGAGUUUGAUGUGAUGAAAAUAGCCAAAGAUAUAGGAGGUCUGCAUUUUGGCUGAUAACAGUAAUGUUUAAAAGCUAUUCUUCAGAAGGCACUUGCCUAAGGUAACUGCUGGAUUAUCCCCCACUGGAAGCUUUUACUUGUAUUUAAGAUAUGAAUUUGCUAUGGCUCCAUUAAAAAUUAAUACUGUAAUUUUUUUACCUUAAUGAAAUGUUCAUGGAUUCAAGUAUUAUAUCUGCUUCUGUAUGAAAAACUGAUUGAAACUUAUAUGGGAAUAUUUUUAAAUGACAUCAUUCUGGGAUCUUGCUGUAAAAAAUAAAGAUCAGCAUCACCUA